AUGAUGUUCCUUCUGUAUUGGCUAAACAGGUUUACUCUGCCCAACCGCUGUUUAGCAGUUCUACUUGAGUACAGACAUCUGGCAGAAGCCUUGCACAACCAUACUGAUGUUGGGCUUGGGCCUACAAUUCUGGCUCAUCUAUUCAAGAACCUGCACACUGCUACCCUGGAGAAUCCGCUGAAUCUGUCCGCUCCUGAACUAAGGUUCCCAGAUAUAGUUCUGCUUGAGGAUCAGGUUCUGGCUCAGCUAUUGAUGUCAGCAGAAGUGCCCAUGCGUUAUAUUGAAGAGUACCUGAUGUUCUUCGGGCACUGCCCGAAAAGAUCAGCAGCUCAGUGGCAAGUGGUGAUCAGGAGAACCUAUCCUUGGUUCCAGCUUGGAUACCGUUUGUUUGAGAAAGAGUCGGAAGAAGAAGCAGCAGAAUUGAUUUCAGGAAGAAAUUCCUGA